AUGACGUCUGCGCAAGGCGCGGUCGCCGUGCCGCCCUCGGGAUCGUGCACGGCCCCGAAUUCCCCCCCGGUGUCCAGCGGGCUAGGCCGGGACAGCGCGACGGCCGCCCCUGAGCCCGUGGUGGACGACUACACCAAACUCAAGAUGACAAAGAAGCUCGGGGAGGGCGGCUUCGGCACGGUGUGGCUCGCGGAGUUGCCGACCCCCGCGAAGUCGAAGCAGGUCGCGGUCAAGGUGUUGAACAAGGUCCAGCUGAGCCCCGCGGGCCUGAAGGACUUCGUGAAGGAGGUCCGCCUCCUGCGGCAGCUCAAGCACCGACACAUCGUCGACUUCCGCGGGUUCGGCCUCGUGAGCGGCGCGGCGGCGCCCUCGCUCGACUCGGACGACUACGAGUCCCUCUCAGGCUCGGACAUGUUCCUCGCCCAGGAGUAUCUCGCGGGCGGUCCGGUCACGAAGCAGGUGAUGAAGCAGCUGCAGUUCCCGGGGCGCUACGUCUACACGUGGCACGACGCGUUCCGGUGGCUGCGCGGGGUCGCCGCGGGCCUCAGCUACCUGCACCGAGGCACGAGCAGCAAGCCAACGAUCAUCCACCGGGACCUGAAGCCCGACAACAUCCUCCUCACAAGCACCGACAUGGAGACGGCGGACGCCAAGCUGGCCGACUUCGGGCUGUCCCGGAUGAUGUCGCACCGGUACAAGACGCUCGCGUCGCGCCGCACGCUGCUCCACAUCAACACGGGCCUGCCCCCCGCCAACGCCCCCGGCGGCAUGGACCUGCCCGGCACCAUCCUUGAGGAUGACGACGCUGCCCCGCCGCUCGGCUUGCGUCGGUCGCUCGACGACGGGAAGCGACGGACCUCGGGCGACGUCCCGGCGUUCACGCCCUCGGACGCGAGCCAGGCGCGGGCGUGGCUGCAGAGCGCCAAGGCGGCGCCCCGAAACAGCACGGACAACACCAGCAAGGGGCCGUACGUGGGGCUGCAGCUGACGGGCAACACGGGUUCGAUGCUCUACAUGGCGCCCGAAGUCUACCUCAAGGAGGACUACAACGAAAAGGCGGACAUAUUCUCGUUCGGCGUGAUUGCGUACGAGCUGCUGCGGUACCGGCUCCAGGUGCUGGACAUGCACAAGGGCGAGGAGGAGGAGGUCAUCAACCUGGCGGAGAAGGUCUCGCAGGGGCUGCGGCACCCGAUCGACGAGGCGCGCUGGCCCAAGAGCGUGGUGGAGCUCGUCCGGCGGUGCUGGGCGCAGAACCCCGCCGAGCGCCCAUCGGCGUCGCAGGUCCUGGCCAUGAUCGACAAGAUCGUGGCCGACGGCGACGUGGACGCGUACGUCGCCAAGUACCAGAAGAAGCGCGCGCGCAAGUCGGUGCACGCGGUCAGGAACCCCAAGAACGUCGUCUCGCUGCACGGCAUCCCCGUCAUCCCGGGCUACGGCGACUCGGUGAAGACCGAGAAGUCGGGGUCGCUCACGGGCAACGCGGCGGACGGCAAGGCAGCGCCGACGGCGGGCGCGCCGGCGACGAACGGCGACGUGCAGGCCGGCGGCGGAAACAAGUGCUGCGUGUUGAUGUAG